UUCUCUCUCUCAAAACCGUUUGCUGUCAAGCCCAAGCGAUUCUCCCUCCUGUCCUCCCUCUUUCUCUCCCUCUCUAUCCUUCUCGCGGAAGAAAUAAAUUAAAGAAAAUAUUUGCAGAUUUGUGGAAAAAAUAAAAGAUUUUUGCUUUUGGGGUGGCUUCCAAGCGUUCGUCGCUAGGAGAACGCGGGAGUCUAGGGUUUUGGGUUUCUCUGACAUCUCUGACACCGGUACUUUUCUCAAUUUUUUUUUUUUUGUAAUUUUGUUUUUUGUAUUUUUUUGGAGUUUCCUUAUAGAGGGAGGAUUAGGGUUUCUGAUUGGAGGGCGUGCAUUGUAUUGGGUUGGCUUAAUAAUUUUUAUCUGAGUUCAAUUUUGAUUACAUUCUUCUUUGGAAUUAUCUGGGGCCUAUUACCCGCGUUCUGUACGCGGGAGCAGAACCCCUUUUGACGGAUCAUGUGAAUGAAGUUGUGGAAUGGAAUCUGAGGUAUUGGGUGCUGAGGAUCCAUUGAAUAAUUGCACUGGGCCGAGCGAGCAGAAGGGCGGUGAGGGAAGGGUUAGAGAUGCUGUGGAGGGGAGAAGUGAUCAUGUCGUGGAUGGGAUAAAGGUUGAUAUAUGGAGCCAAAUAUUGCCUUCACAGGAGGGUGAAAUGCAAUUGGAAUUUUUGGGCAUGGACGGUUUCCUCAGUGAUUGUUCUGAGCUGAAUGACCAGAUGGGUGCAAAGUUGGCUGGGGAUGUUAAAGAUAAAGGUGGUGUUUUAGGCGGGAUAUCGGUUGGUGGGUUUGAGCAAGGAUCGCCUUCACAGGGUUGUGAAACGCCCUUGGAAUUAUUACUUACAGGUGGUUCGCUGAGUGAUUGUGCUGAACAUAAUGAGUGCAAGGCUGACAUGAGUGUGAAUGGUUCUUGUGGGGAGGUCAGGGAGGUUGUGGAAGAGAAAAUUGACGGUUUAGGUGGGAUAAAUGAGCAACUAUUGCCUUCACAGGGUUGUGAAAUGCCAAUGGAAUUACUAGUUUCAGGUGGUUCACUGGGUAAUUGUGGUGAAGAUAGUGAAAACAAGGUUUAUCUUUCUGUUAAUGGUUCAUGUGUGGAAGAGGUCAAAGAGGUUGUGGAAGAGAAAAAUGAAGUUUUAGGUGGGAUAAAUGAGCAAAUGUUGCCUUCACAGGAUUGUGAGAUGCCCUUGGAGUUACUAGUUACAGGUGGGUUGCUAUGCAGUUGCAAUGCAGAUAAUGAGUGCAAGGCUGAUAUGAGCAUUGAAGGUUCUUAUGGGGAGGAGGCUAGGGAGGUUGUCAAAGAGAAAAGUGAGAUUUUUGAUGGAACAGAUGAGCAAACACUGCCUUCACAAGGUUGUGAAAUGCUUACAGGUGGUUCUUUGAGUAGUUGUGGCAAAGAUAAUGAGUGCAAGGUUAAUACGAGCAUUAAUGAUUCUUGUUGGGAGGUUGUGGAAGGGAAAAAUGAUGCUUUAGGUGGAAUAAAUGAGCCAAUAUUGCCUUCACAGAGGGUUGAAACUCCCUUGGAAUCUUUAGUUGCAGGUGGUUCACUGAGUACUUGUGUCAAAAAUAACGAGUACAAGGUUGAGACGAGUAUCAAUGGUUCUUCUGGAAAGGAUGUUCAGGAGGCUGUGGAAGAGAGAAGUGAUAUUUUAGAUGGGAUAGAUGAGCAGAUCUUGCCUUCACAGGGUUGUGAAAUGCCCUUGGAGUCAUUAAUUAAGGGUUCACUAAGUAAUUGUGCCAAAGAUGACGAGUGCAAGGUUAAUUUGAGUAUUAAUGCCUCUUGUUGCAAACAGAUUAGGGAGGUUGUAGAAGAGAAAAGUGACAUCUUACAUUUGAUAAAUGAGCAAAUAUUGCCAUCUCAGGGCUGUGGAAGGCCAUUGGAAUCACCAAGUAAUUUUGCAGAACAGAAUAAGCAUAAGGAUUCUGGGGUUGCUGGUGGUCCCUCUGAGUUUGUGGAUGAUAUUUUAGCUGGAUCACAGAACAACAAGAUCAGACAAAUUUUGCCCUCACAGGAUUGUAAAAUUCCCUUGGAGCAUUUAUCUGUGGCUAGUUCACCUACUGAUUGUGCUGAAGGGAAUGUGCAGAAGGUUACUGCAGGAUUCGAUGGUUCCUCUGCAGAGACAGUGACUGAGGUUGUGGAAGAGAAAAGUGAUAUUUUUCUGGGAAUGAAGGGUGAAAUGUGCAGUCAAAUAUCACCUAUUGAAGAAAAUAUGUAUGAUUUAAGAGAAAGAUCAUCCAGCAUGGCACCUGAUUAUACUCUUGAAAAAUCAGACUCCCCGCCACCUUGUUGCUACUCUGGUGUUGUGGAUAAUGGUUCCUCUGAGAUUUUUGCUGAGCCAGGUUAUUCAGGAGCUGAUGUUCUUAUUGAUGCUUUUAAUUCUACUGAUGCUGAUUCUUCUGGAAAUAUAGGUGGUGAAGAAAAAGUUGAUGUUAGAUGGGAUUGUGUUUCAGAAACCAAAUGUCCAGAAAUUAUAUGUUUGCCUCCUCGGAGGAGUGCCCGUGCAAGAAAAUCGAGCCAGAAGACGCAGACAGCAAAUGUUGCAAGGAAAGGCUGGAAAACUGCCAACAAGAAGUCACACUCUCAUGGAAUAUUUGAAAUUUUCUUGAAGGUUGUCAGAAAGAAGCGAAGCAGUUUCUGCAAACCGGCUCGUGCUUCUAUUUGGGGAUCAUUGGAGAAUAUUACUCAAGUUUUUUAUCAUAAUAGUGACCUUGAUUGUGGUCGGGUUCAGAAUCAAGGAUCACGAAAAACAAAGGGUGGCCGAGGAUGUGGGAAGCGGAAUAAGGGUAGGGCAGUUGGAAACUCACAAGGGUCAAAGGUAAAAGGUCGUGCAUCAACUAGUCAUAUUCGUUUGAAGGUUAAAAUGGGCAAAAGGGUAAGUCAAAGUGGUUCAAAGGAUAUUGUUCCGGACGUGGUUGAUACUUCAGAUCCUGUUCAGACCAUGUUUAGUGAUAACGGGUCUGAACUAUGCUGGGCCAUGGGUUCAGAAUUACAGAAAUUCACAGUUGGCAUUGAAACACAAUUAGUGGAAGAAAUCCCUGGGACUGGGCAGCAUCUCACUUCUCAUGGGAAUCUGGAGAAAGAAAAAACAUCUCCAAUUGAUUCUGCUUUAGACGAAGUCCACUUCACAGAUAAGGACCAGGAGACCAUUGUGAUUCCAGAUAACUCUGAUAGAAAUGCUGCCACUAAUUAUCUUAGUAUUUCUUCCAAGACAGAGGUUGAAGCAUUGGAAGGUGCAAUUGACAAUGGGUACUUAGAUCCAGGAACUUCACCUGAUUCAGAAGUGAUCAACCUGAUUCCUGAUGGCCAAGUUGGUGCAAGGGUUCAGGAAGACUUGCAUGAUGUUGUUCAGGCUUCUUCCAAAGAUUCUGUUGCUGCUGCAGAUGUAACAAGUUCGAAUGUGCCUCUGCUGAAAAGCAAGAAAGGAAAGAAGAAAGAUAAGCUCUUUCAGGCAGGUAACUCUGAUGUGGAAGAUCGAUUGCCUUGUCAAGCAAGCCAAAGCAGAGCUAGAGUAACAGAAAAACAAGGAGAUGGGUGGAAAAUGGAAAAUGGCCUUUACUCUAGUGAAAAUUUGGUUUCAUCCAGCAGUGGAAUUGCUUCAAGCAACUUGUUGAGCUUUCAGGGGUGUUCUACCGAACUGUUGCCUCCUGUGGAAGACACUUUGAAUUUGAGUCUAGAUGGAUCAUCCGAAUCACAGAACUCUAAGAAAUUACUUCCUUCUACUAAAGCUAAGGGGCAUAAACUUCCCAAAAGUUCAAAAUCUGGUCGAGCAAGCAAGAGCAGGUCACAGUUCCUUGAUUCAGGGAGAAACCAAAGACGAAAUGCUUGUAGGCAGAAGGAAAGCCAACAAAAGUCAGCUAGAAAGAACGUAAACGAGGAGGGUGUUUGCAACCAUGUCUGCAAAGUUGAAAGUCACCAGGAAAUAGCUUAUGCAGUAGAAAAUCACGUAGUUGAUGAUAUUGGAGAAAUUGUUACUGCUGAAAAAACUGUCUCCAAAGACAUGUCUAACUUGGACAUGAUCCAAAAUGAGGUAGUGAGGCAGUAUUUACCACCACGGAUUGCUUGGGUGCGUUGUGAUGAUUGCUAUAAAUGGAGACGUAUAGCGGCUGCACUUGCAGAUUCCAUUGAAGAAACAAAUUGCAAAUGGAUCUGCAAGGACAACAUGGAUAAAGCAUUUGCUGACUGCUCAAUCCCUCAAGAGAAGUCAAAUGGAGAGAUUAAUGCUGAGUUGGAAAUAUCAGAUGCCUCAUGUGAAGAAGAUGUUUAUGAUGCCCAUUUAACUUCUAAGGAAUUUGGACAAAGGCGUUCAACAGUUACCCAAUCAUCAUCUUGGAUGCUGAUUAGGUCUAAUUUAUUUCUGCACCGUAGCCGCAGAACUCAAACUAUUGAUGAGGUAAUGGUUUGCCACUGCAAAAGACCUGUAGAAGGCCGUUUCGGUUGUGGAGAUGAAUGCCUGAAUCGAAUGCUUAACAUUGAAUGUGUUCAAGGGACCUGCCCAUGUGGGGAUCUCUGUUCAAAUCAACAGUUCCAGAAACGUGGUUAUGCCAAAUUGAAGUGGUUCAAGUGUGGGAAGAAGGGUUAUGGGCUGCAGUUGCAACAAGAUAUUUCUCAAGGGCAGUUUCUUAUUGAAUAUGUUGGAGAGGUGCUUGAUUUGCAAACAUACGAAGCACGACAAAAGGAGUAUGCUUCUAGGGGUCAUAAGCAUUUCUACUUCAUGACAUUGAAUGGCAGUGAGGUAAUAGAUGCAUGCGCAAAAGGAAAUUUGGGGCGUUUCAUCAACCAUAGUUGUGAUCCUAACUGCCGCACAGAAAAGUGGAUGGUGAAUGGAGAAAUUUGUAUUGGACUAUUUGCAUUAAGGGAUAUAAAAAAGGGUGAAGAGGUGACAUUUGAUUACAACUAUGUGAGGGUGUUUGGUGCUGCCGCCAAAAAGUGUGUCUGUGGUUCACCACAAUGUCGGGGCUAUAUAGGUGGAGAUCCACUUAGCACCGAAGUAAUUGUUCAAGGUGACUCAGAUGAAGAAUAUCCUGAACCUGUGAUGGUCAAUGAAGAUGGUGAAACUGCUGAUAGCUUUGACAAUACAAUAUCUACAACCAGUUCCUUUGAUGCUGCAGAAAUUCAAAGUAAGGCUUUUUCAAAAAAUAAAUUGGACAACUUCAAAACUGCUGUACAACAAUUAGUGGUUGGACCUGCAAUUUCAGAAUCACAGGCAUCCUUGGAGAUGGUCAACUCAAUUGGAAAGUUAGCUCCUGUUCAAUCAGUUAAAGUUUCUGUGCAAACAGAAGAUUUAAUGAAUAAACCCAUAACUGCUAUUCAGCAAAAAAUUCCCAUGGAAGAAGAGACUACAAGCAAGCCUUUGUGCUCUGAUCAGAGGCUUGAUUGGCCUUUGACUCGGAUGCUUAAUAAAGCAUCAUCUGAUUCUGCUGAUGCUAAUGUAUCCAAAUCUGAAACCCCUGAAGAGAAGCAAGUUUGUUCAAAAUCGCGUCUUGUCAUGAAAGCUUCUCGUUCAUCUAGUUCAGUUAAAAGGGGAAAAUCUAAUAGUAAUCCUGUGAAUGCCAACAAGCCUCCUGGUAUUGGCAACAAAACUCAGGUUUUGUCCAACAAGCCCAAAAAAUUAUUGGAUGGUUCUGCUAAUGCCCGUUUUGAAGCAGUUCAGGAGAAACUCAAUGAGUUGCUAGAUGCUAAUGGAGGAAUAAGCAAAAGGAAAGAUUCAUCUAAAGGAUACUUGAAGCUUUUGCUCCUCACUGUAGCAUCAGGUGACAACGGCAAUCGUGAAGCAAUUCAGAGCACGCGAGAUCUUUCAAUGAUCCUUGAUGCACUCUUGAAAACAAAAUCUCGAGUUGUCUUGGUUGAUAUUCUUAACAAAAAUGGUUUGCGGAUGCUGCACAAUAUAAUGAAGCAGUAUAGCAGGGAAUUCAUUAAGAUUCCUGUUCUUCGCAAGCUUCUGAAGGUCUUAGAGUAUUUGGCACUGAGGGGGAUACUUACCUUGGAACAUAUUAAUGGAGGUCCUCCUUGUCCUGGAAUGGAGAGUUUUAGAGAUUCAAUGUUGACACUGACUGAGCACAAUGACAAACAGGUCCAUCAAAUUGCACGAAGCUUCCGGGAUCGGUGGAUUCCUAGACCUGUCAGAAAAAUUAGCUGCAUGGAUAGGGAUGAUGGCAGGAUGGAAUUCCACAGGGGUUCAAACUGCAGCCGUUUUUCAUCACAACACAAUUAUUGGCGUGAGCAGGUUGGGAGACCUACAGAAGCAAUAGAUUGUGUGAAGCAGUCAAUGCUUGUAACAACUCCUGUUGAUGCUUGUGUCCAGGAGGAAAGCUCUGCACCUGGUUUUGGUGGUAGUGCAACGAAUGGGACAAACACAAGGAAACGUAAAAGCCGAUGGGAUCAGCCAAUAGAGGCACACCCAGAUCCAAGAUUCCAUCCGCACAAGGAGCAAAAAGUUCAUCCUAAUUUGCUACAAAGUUUUGGAUCGAUUCCACAACCUGGGAUAAGUGAAAUGGUUCUAGAUCAUACAAAUGGCAUAAGCAGGAUGGACAAAGAUUGCCCUGGCUUUGUUCACAAUCACCCUCAGCAAGAUCAAGCAGAGGAGGAGGAGGAUGAACGGCAGAACUUGCAUGAGGAUGUUCCUCCUGGGUUUGCGUACCCUCUCAACACUCCUCUGUUUUCAUCUAAUGCUUCUUCAGCCUCUGCUGAUCUGGCCCAGCAAACUGUCAGCCAUUCAAACAGCACUUUUGAAGUGGCUGGGGGGCAUCCACAGAAGAGAUUCAAUUCUUGCUUGCCUGUUUCCUAUGGAAUUCCAUUGUCCAUUGUUCAACAGUUUGGGACUCCCCAGGGAGAAACUAUGCAAAGUUGGGUUGUUGCUCCAGGCAUGCCUUUCCAUCCUUUUCCACCAUUGCCCCCAUAUCCCCGGGACAGGAGAGAUCCUCCAUCUCAGACUGUUAAUCCCAUAACCAGAAAUCAACCAGGAGAAGAGCAACAAAACUGCCAUGGUUCUGCAUCUUGUCAUACAGAUCAAAGCACUCCAAGCACAUCUGGUGCCAGUCCACCUGAUGUGAAUGUUCCUUGUGCAAACAACCAACAUGUGUUUAAACGAGUGAAGAACAAUUCAUAUGAUUUGGGAAGGAAGUACUUCCGUCAGCAGAAAUGGAAUAAUUCAAAAGUAAGAUCCCCAUGGCAUCGGAAAUGGAAUAGUUGGGGAUUCAUGGCGAACAAUGCAAGAAAUGGGGUGUGCAGUAUAGGCAUAGGGAAUUUAGCAAAUGAGCCCAAGGGUCCAUAUUGUUCAGAGGAUGUUAGCAAUAGAGUGGAGAAUGCUGGCAAUACUUCUUAUCAGCAUCCACAACAUCAAAAUCAGCAUUGAUUCAUAGGAAAUUAUCUUACAAGCGACUGGAUUUUCUUCUAUACCUACUUCAAUGUACUUCCAAUUCUUUUGUUUCCCCGGUUCCAUUCUCAAUGAAAAUUUCAUUCAAUUCCAGAUUUUCGGCCCUCGUAAUCAAGUCCAUACUAAUAGGUGGGGCCAAGAGUUACUUCCACUGGCAGUAUGCUCACUGGGAUAUUGAUCCAUUCGGCCUCACCUCAAGAGGUAGGUUUUCUUGUCUAUUGUUAAUUUCUAACAGAAAGUUAAAAGGCUAACACAUGUUUCAAGUUUGAAUAAGACAUGAGCCAAUUUUUCUUGAUGUUUUACAGUUUUACUAGAUUGAGUGCAUGUGUUAAUUCUUUAUUCGAUGGGCAUUGUUCUUGAUGAAUUGUGAUUUAUUCAAUGAUAUUGGAAAACUGAUUUACAUGUU